AUGUCGGCGGUGGUUGCGCAGGACGUCGCGCCGCCCAUCGAGGCUGCCUCGGCGGCCGAGGUGGAGUGGGCGGCCUGCGCGUGCUGCGGGCUCAGGGAGGAGUGCACUGCGGCGUACGCGGCCGGCGUGCGCGCGCAGUACGCCGGGCGGUGGCUGUGCGGCCUCUGCGCCGACGCCGUGGGCGAGGAGCUCGCCGCCUGCGGUGUAGUGGAAGGAGGAUCGGCGUCGGCUACGGCGGAGGUAGAGGCAGCGAUCGCGAGGCAUGCCGCCUUCUGCCGGUCGUCACCCGCAGCGGCCGAGCGGCUCAUCGCCGCGGUGCGGCGGCUGCUCCGCAGCCAGAGCGGGAGCAAGCCGAAGGCCGUGGUGGUGCUGGAGUUCCAGGACGCCUGA